UUCCUGCAAUUGUAGGGGAGAUUUUCCUGUUGUGUUUCAGCAGUGACUGUCUCACAGUUACAGACACAGUCAGCACUGCUACAGGACUACUGGGACGGUAGUAGCUGCUACCAUCUGGCCUCCCUGGGCUGUCAGAGCUUUCCGAGCGGGUCAGCGUGGUCUCUGCAUCUGCAGCAAUGUUUCAGCCACAAGAAGUAGGGCGGAAACCAGCGAUAGCUGAUCAGCUUCCCUGGAUUUCGCUGACGCCACAGGAAAGCUUUGCCUGAAGAUGGAAACACUGGAGUCGGAACUGACCUGCCCUAUCUGUCUGGAGCUGUUUGAAGACCCACUGCUGCUGCCUUGCGCUCACAGCCUCUGCUUCAACUGCGCGCACCGCAUCCUCGUCUCCCACUGCGCCACCAACGAGUCGGUGGAGUCAAUCACCGCCUUCCAGUGCCCGACCUGCCGCUAUGUCAUCACCCUCAGCCAGCGCGGUCUAGACGGGCUCAAGCGCAACGUCACCCUGCAGAACAUCAUCGACAGAUUUCAGAAGGCGUCGGUGAGCGGGCCCAAUUCCCCCAGCGAGACCCGCCGGGAGCGGGCGUUCGACAGCAACAGCAUGUCGUCCUGCGAGAAGGUCCUCUGCCAGUUCUGCGACCAGGACCCUGCCCAGGAGGCAGUGAAAACCUGUGUUACCUGUGAGGUGUCCUACUGUGAGGAGUGCUUGAAAGCCACUCACCCCAACAAGAAGCCCUUUACAGGCCACCGUUUAAUCGAGCCUAUUCCGGACUCGCACAUCAGAGGAUUAAUGUGUUUGGAGCACGAGGAUGAGAAAGUUAACAUGUACUGCGUGACUGAUGACCAGCUAAUCUGUGCCUUGUGUAAACUGGUUGGACGACACCGUGAUCAUCAGGUGGCAGCUUUAAGCGAGCGCUAUGACAAGCUAAAGCAAAAUUUGGAGAGCAACCUCACCAACCUUAUUAAGAGAAAUACUGAACUGGAAACUCUUUUGGCGAAACUCAUUCAAACCUGUCAACAUGUUGAAGUAAAUGCAUCCCGCCAAGAAACAAAGCUGAUGGAAGAAUGUGACCAGCUCAUUGAAAUAAUCCAACAAAGGCGACAAAUAAUUGGAACUAAAAUCAAGGAAGGGAAGGUGGUGAGGUUGAGAAAACUGGCUCAGCAGAUUGCAAACUGCAAACAGUGCAUUGAACGCUCAACAUCCCUCAUCUCUCAGGCCGAACAGUCACUGAAGGAGAAUGAUCAUGCUCGCUUUCUGCAAACUGCCAAAAACAUCACUGAAAGGGUUUCCAUGGCGACUGCAUCCUCCCAGGUUCUUAUUCCUGAAAUUAAUCUCAAUGAUACUUUUGAUACUUUUGCGCUUGAUUUUACCAGAGAGAAGAAAUUGUUGGAAUGCCUUGAUUAUCUUACAGCUCCUAACCCUCCCACCAUUCGAGAAGAGCUCUGUACAGCUUCUUAUGACACGAUUACUGUCCACUGGACAUCAGAUGAUGAAUUCAGUGUGGUGUCUUAUGAGCUGCAGUACACGAUUUUCACUGGACAAGCUAAUGUUGUUAGUUUAUGUAACUCGGCCGACAGCUGGAUGAUUGUUCCUAAUAUCAAACAAAACCACUACACAGUGCAUGGGCUGCAGAGUGGCACUAAGUACAUCUUCAUUGUUAAGGCCAUUAAUCAGGCUGGCAGCAGAAACAGCGAGCCCGGCAAGCUCAAGACAAACAGCCAGCCAUUUAAACUGGACCCCAAAUCUGCUCAUAGAAAAUUGAAAGUGUCUCAUGAUAACUUGACAGUGGAACGUGACGAAACAUCCUCCAAAAAGAGUCAUACGCCUGAGCGGUUCACAAGCCAAGGGAGCUAUGGAGUAGCUGGCAAUGUGUUUAUUGACAGUGGACGUCAUUACUGGGAAGUGGUUAUAAGCGGGAGUACAUGGUAUGCCAUUGGUAUUUCUUACAAGUCGGCACCAAAACAUGAGUGGAUUGGGAAGAACUCUGCCUCUUGGGUGCUUUGCCGCUGCAAUAAUACGUGGGUGGUGCGACACAACAGCAAAGAAAUCCCCAUAGAGCCUGCGCCUCACCUCCGACGGGUCGGGAUUUUGCUGGACUAUGACAACGGUUCCCUUGCCUUUUAUGAUGCUUUGAACUCCCUACACCUUUACACUUUUGACAUUACAUUUGGACAGCCUGUGUGCCCCACGUUCACUGUGUGGAAUAAGUGUUUGACAAUUAUAACUGGCUUGCCAAUCCCAGACCACUUGGACUCCUCUGAGCAGCUUGCAUGACUGCUAAAAGCCAGAAGGUAGACCAACGCAUCUGCAGUGGGCUGCGAGGCAGCUGCCGCAGGAGCUUGCCUGGAGCUGGAGGACUGUAGGGCAUCCCAAGCGUUGCUGUUGCUUCCAGCCAGAACUGAAAAUGAGAGAAUCUCUCUUUACUGUGUACUUUGUACGGAAGGACAAGAAGUGGCUUUAAUAGUAUCUUAGAACUUCUUUUGCCGUUGGUUUUAUUGGUUUUGUUUUGUAUUUAGUCUCUUAUAGGACGGUUUAUAAAUUAUUUAUAAGAAAGAAAGAGAGAGGGGAAAGCCUGAUUUGGAUACCUGAAAAACAACUGAUUUGUUUUUGCAUGUUGAUGACCCUAUCCAUUAAAGUUUCAUCAGCUCAUUACAUCACUUUAUUUUACAAUGGAUAAAAGCAGAAAAUUGGAAGGAUGAAAACUGUGCAGUGGACAAGUCCAUGUACUGCAGAUUUUGUUCAUGUCAAUAUUAUUACCCUCACUACCAGUUUUACUGUGUGCAACAUCUCCUAAUUUCUACUUUACACAUGGGAAUGUGCAGACCAAAAAGAACAAAAAUAAACAAGUAAGGAAGUGGAGCUGGCCAACAGAGCAAAAGGAGAAGUUUAAUUUACUUCUGUUCACAGGGCAGCAUGUUCUCUGUUCAUAAAAAAACCAUGCAAAAUGUCUCCUAGGAAUGUGAGUGGAUAAAUCAUCUGGUGAUUUAUUUUGUUGAUGGCAACAUUCCCAUCUGCCAGUGCUUCACUUUUGUCUUUGGGAAGCAUUGUAGAAUCACUGAGGAUGUGAAGGACUUGUAUCAUCUCUGAAAAUCAGCAACACUGGAGGAGAGCAGCCAGUCCAAGGUCUGACUGUAGUUUAUUUUGAUAAAGCACUGUAUCAUUUAAGGUUUGAUUGUAACAGAAGAUGUCACAGUUCUGAUGGUAGGCAUAUGAAUGCUUAUUGCUGAUUUUACAAGGUUCAGUGCAGCAAACCUAGUCUAGGAAGUGAGACUUAAGUCACUUGCUAUGGAUUUAAAUUAAAUACAAGUGUUUUAUUGUUGUACACUAUGAAGCAUCUAUAACAAAGCAAGGAAAUCUGGUUUACCAGUGCUGUGCGGAGAAACACCGUAGCUGGAGUUCACUCAUAUUUAUCAUUGUCUUUGGUUGUUUGAGGGAGCACAGCUCUCUGUGAAUGAGGAGUAAAUAGCAAAAUUUUAGCAGCAGUAGGAAUCUGCACAGGUAAGCUCUGCUUUCAUCCUGGUGUUGGUGGGUGGAAUGCCAGUAAGUCAGAAGGGUUGUAACCACUUUAUCCCAACGCUGAAUUUGGUUUGUUUCUUUUUCCUCUUUUCUUUAUACAGAAUAGGAGCCCUUUGUAACUACUUCAAUAUUUAUGUAUAAAUGAUCUUCUGGGGAGAUUCUUGAGAAUAUGAAAUGUAGAAGGCUAUAUGACAGCUUUAAAAGAAUGGUUUUCCUACAGUGUUUUGUAGUUAGUACACAGGGAGUGAAAAUCUGCCUGUGUAGAAUGAGGGUAAGUUGAAUACCAGCAUUGAGAAAAGGUUUUCUUAGUAAUUUAAAAUCUUGCUUUAGGUAUCCUUUGUACCUUAAUGCACUUUGUUCACUAAUGGGACCACAAUAAAGUGAUCCCAAGAUCAGCUUCAGAUUUUCUAAAUUCAGAUUCUCCACAUACAAAGAUAUACUACAGUUUGCCUUAUGAUGAUAUAGAAGCCGCUUAUGAGCAAGAUGAUGAAUAUGUACAUGCAUAUAGGUUUUUUCCCCCCUUUUCUUAAUAGAAAAUAAGUGCAAGUCCAUGUUCCAUUGUUUUCCCUUUACAUGUCUUGCUAAGUCCUGAAUUAAAUGGAGAAAAAUCUGACGCUGUGUUGCCUAGAACCAUUGCUUCCUGCUGGGGCAGCUUUCAGUGAUUUACAGCUACGAGCCACAAAUCUUUCCAGAGGUGACAUGAAUAAGGCAAAAUAUAUACAUACAGUAUACUGCAGCAUUUAUUGAAGUCUCUCUGAUAGUAAAGAAAUAGACACCCUCAAAAAUGAAAAACAAACAAAUCCUCAAACAUUAUAUUUUAUAACUGGGCACAACGUUACCAAUACAACCUGAUGUACAUUGUCCGGAUGGUCUGGCCUAGGAUGUUUGGAAGACAAUUCAAAUAGCAUGAAAAUUGUAACAACAAGUUAAUAGGAGAUGAUUGAUAGAAAGCUGUGAUAAAAGGGUGCAGGAGGAAGGGAGUUUUAAUACAGGAUUUUGCCAAAGUUUCUGCCUAACAGAAAGGAGUAUGUUAUUACCACAAUAUGAGUAGCAAAGCUCUGCACCUCCUAUUUUGCCAGAAAUAUUAAAUCUAGAAGCUGAUUUCAGUAGUGAGCAAGCUGAAAACACUCUUCGGUGGUUGACCAUGCAAUGCAGGCAGAGAUCAAGCUGAAUGGAACUAAUACCAUGAAUUGUGAAAGGUACCCCAUGACUUCACACAUUUUUGUUUUAAACAUAGACCGUGAGUCUAAAGACAGAUCUUGGUUUUGGCCAAUAGGAAGAGGAUGGCCCGUUAUCUACAAGCCUUGCUGUACCAUUUACAUUUCAACACAGAAUAAAUACUUCAUUCGUCAUUUGGAGCUAAACCACAUUUCUCUAAUGGACUAUUAAUUCAAUCAGUCCUCUGUGUGCACAUAUGUUUGUGUAUGUAUAUAUAUCUGAGGGUAUACGCAUACCAGUAUAAGCGCAGAUAUAGUGUAAUGUCUACAGAUACAUACAUACAUACACACAGACUGAUGGUAAUUAGUCAGGUGUUCCUUUUUCACUUGUUCCUUGAACCAUUUCAUAUUGUGUAUGACUAUGAGGAAACAAGUUUGCUACAAUGGUAUUUGUCUGGAUAUUUUUUAAAAGAACAAAAUCUGUUUAUUUUACAAUACUUGAUUCAACUCAUGAUUAAACAAUAAAAGCAUCCUUUUGAAAAUGUA